GAAGUAUUAAAAGUGAUGCGCACCAUAGAUGACAGAAUUGUCCAUGCCCUCAAUACUACUGUGCCCACUGCAUCCUUUUCAGACAAAGUGGAUGCCACACAGACCUGCAAAGAACUUUACGAAUCUCUCAUGGAAGCUCAUCUUUCCAGAGAUAAGACAAUAAAGUCAUGCAUUACAGAGACCUCUGCUGUCGUCGGGCAGUUACGUGAAGAGAGGGCAAAAGACAGCGACAACUUGUCAAUAAUCAAGCAACUCAGGAAAGAGCAAACUAAGUUAAAACUCAUGCAGUCUGAGCUAAAUGUUGAAGAAGUGGUUAAUGACCAGAGUCUGAAGGUUUUCAAUGAAAGGUGCUGAAUUCACUACAUCCCUCCCAAGAUCAAGUGAAUAAUACUUCUGUCAACACAGUUGUUCUGCGGAAAACACCUGGAGCUGAGCCUGGACAUUGUCACUGACCCCACAC